GAGAUUGCAAUCUCAUCAAAGUCUUUCAUUUAUUAUAAUCAAAUUGUCUUACAUGCUAUAUUAAAGUAACUUAUUGAAGUUGAAAAAAAGAUAUAAUACAAUGUAUAGCUUCCUGUGUUAAUUCCGUUUCCGAAUCUAAUGAGUUUUAGUUUUUGUCUCAUUGAACAGGACUGAAAUUCAUACAUGAUGCUAACUCAUGUGACUUCAGUCAAUACUUCCUCUGUGGGAGAUCAUGCAUGAACUUGUUGUCGCACCGCUUCUUGUUUGACGAAACCUUAGUUUUUGCCAAUGCAGGUAAAGGCCAUCAAACCAGGUUGAUCAGUAAUUUGUUGCAAGAUUAUGAUCGGGAUGCGAGGCCUGUCAUCAAUGUUUCAGAUUUAAUCACGCUGACGUUUAGGCUGAGUUAUAUCCAACUGCAAGAAUUGGACGAGCCAACUCAAGUUGCGAGAUCGCUUGUAUGGGUUAAUAUGAGAUGGGAAGAUGCGUAUUUGAAGUGGAAUGCCAGUGAAUAUGGGGGAAACACAGAAAUCCGGCUGAGCCCGACAAGGAUUUGGAAACCAGAUCUGACGCUUUAUAACAAUGCAAAUAAGGAUGGUGCCGCGAUGUAUGACCUCUCAUAUCCAGCCAUCGUUCAAUCUGACGGUUCUGUUUCGCUGGGUUGCCCUCUUAUCCUGGAGUCAAUGUGUCCCAUUGAUAUCAGCAACUUCCCCUUUGACACUCAGAUCUGUAAGUUGAAACUUGGUUCAUGGGCCUACAAUGGCUUUGAUCUUGACAUACAUUUAAAAAAAGAUGUAGCAGGAAUUGACUUAGGCAACUUAGAAGCAAACUCUGUGUGGAAACUGGAGUCAGUUCGUUCAAAGAGGAAUAAAGUGAAGUACACUUGUUGUCCAGAACCGUAUAUAGAUCUUACAUACACUUUUGAAUUCCGACGUAAACCGCUGUACUACAUCAUGACAAUCAUAUUUCCCUCAGUCCUUUUAUCUCUGUUAUCAUGUGUCUCGUUCCUAUUCCCCGCUGGAUCUGGCGAGCGAGUUUCGUUGGUGAUUUCCGUUCUGCUCGGUCUGGUCGUGUUUAUGCUGAUCGUAAACGAACGCACUCCGGUCACAUCCGACGCCACUCCGAUGCUUACGCAAUUCUUCAAUUCGAUUGGUGGGUCUACGGUUUUGGCUCUGAUGGCAACGGCCUUUAUAUUGCGACUAAAUCACGCAGACGGGUCAACGCCCGUCCCAAGUUACCUUGUGUGCAUCCGGGACUGCAUCGCUUUCGUGCUUUGUAUGAGACGAGAACCAGAAAGAAGGCGAGUGGAAAUCAAUUUUGAGGAUAUACUGCUGGCCGAAUCGCAGGUUUUCCGAGAACAAGGUUUACCUCGACAGUUGCUAAAUGUACGUGAAGUUGUUGGUAUCACUGCGUAUCGCAAGCAAAUGACAGAUGAAAGAAUCCUAACAGAAUUGCAAAAGAUAACAAGGCAUUUUGAAGAAGAAGAGGCAGUUGCAAAAACGAAACUAGAAUGGGAUUACACGAUGAAAGUUUUUGAUCGAUUCUUCUUUGUGAUUUUCUUUCUUAUUUUCGUAACAUUUGCUUCCUACGUCUUCUCGUUUUGACCUGGCUUUUUAGCGGUUUGUGACUGCACCUUUGUAAACGAAACGUUACAUACGACUUAAAGCUUCUAGUGUAGAUUCAUUCACUAUGUUUGUAUACGUUUUCAUACAUGAAGUAGAACAAUAAUAAUAUAUGCUGUGU